GCCAAUCGCGCCGCGCCGGGGGAGGAGCCCCAAAGGGGGAAAAAGAAAGUGCGGCGGAAAGUAAGAGGCUCAUUGGGGGAAGACUGGCCGGAUCGGGGUCCCCGGGCUCCUCUUUGGCCAGACGCACCGAAAAGCAGCAGUGCUGGGCGACCCUGCACCCUUCCCCACCGGUUCGGUGUGCCCCGCGCUGCUUCCCAAGAAAGGAUGGGACUUCUGUGGUGUGUAAUGAGUCUCUACUUCUAUGGGAUCCUGCAAAGUGAUGCCUCAGAGCGCUGUGAUGACUGGGGACUAGACACCAUGAGGCAGAUCCAAGUGUUUGAAGAUGAGCCAGCUCGCAUCAAAUGCCCGCUCUUUGAACAUUUCUUGAAAUACAACUACAGCACAGCCCAUUCAGCUGGCCUUACUCUGAUCUGGUAUUGGACUAGGCAGGACCGGGACCUGGAGGAGCCAAUUAACUUCCGCCUUCCUGACAACCGCAUUAGUAAGGAGAAAGAUGUGCUCUGGUUCCGACCCACCCUCCUCAAUGACACGGGCAACUAUACCUGCAUGUUAAGGAACACCACGUAUUGCAGCAAAGUUGCAUUUCCUCUUGAAGUGGUUCAGAAAGAUAGCUGCUUCAAUUCCUCCAUGAAACUCCCAGUGCAUAGACUAUAUAUAGAAUAUGGUGUUCAGAAGAUCACUUGUCCAAAUGUAGAUGGAUUUUUUCCUUCCAGUGUUAAACCAACCAUCACUUGGUAUAUGGGCUGCCAUAAAAUACAGAACUUUAAUAAUGUAGUACCUGAAGGCAUGAGCUUGAGCUUUCUCAUAGCCUUGGUUUCAAACAAUGGAGAUUACACAUGCGUUGUUACAUAUCCAGAAAACGGGCGUACCUUCCAUCUCACUAGGACUCUGACUGUGAAGGUGGUAGGCUCUCCAAAAGACGCAUUGCCUCCUCAGAUCUAUUCACCCAAUGAUCUUGUAGUCUACGAGAAAGAACCAGGUGAGGAGCUACUCAUCCCUUGUACAGUCUAUUUUACUUUCCUGAAAGAUGCCCGCAAUGAGGUUUGGUGGACCAUUGAUGGAAAAAAGCCGGACGACACCAAUAUUGAUGUAACUGUCAAUGAAAGUAUAAGUUUCACUACAACAGAAGAUGAAACGAGAACUCAGGUUUUGAGCAUCAAAAAAGUUACUGCUGAGGAUCUCAAGCGCAACUAUGUCUGUCAUGCUAGAAAUGCCAAAGGGGAGGUUGACAAACCAGCCAAGGUGAAACAGAAAGCUCCAAGAUACACAGUGGAAUUAGCAUGUGGUUUUGGAGCCACAGUGCUGCUGGUAGUGAUCCUCAUUGUUGUUUACCACGUUUACUGGCUGGAGAUGGUCUUAUUUUACCGGGCUCAUUUUGGAACAGAUGAAACCAUUUUAGAUGGGAAAGAGUAUGAUAUUUAUGUAUCUUACGCAAGGAAUGCUGAGGAAGAAGAGUUUGUGUUACUGACCCUCCGUGGAGUUUUGGAGAAUGAAUUUGGAUACAAGCUGUGCAUCUUUGACCGUGACAGUCUGCCUGGGGGAAAUACAGUGGAAGCAGUUUUUGACUUCAUUCAGAGAAGCCGAAGGAUGAUUGUUGUCCUGAGCCCAGACUAUGUGACAGAAAAAAGUAUCAGCAUGCUGGAGUUUAAACUGGGUAUCAUGUGCCAGAACUCCAUUUCCACCAAGCUCAUUGUGGUUGAGUACCGCCCCCUUGAGCAUCCACACCCAAGCAUCCUGCAGCUGAAGGAAUCCGUGUCUUUUGUGAGCUGGAAGGGAGAAAAGUCCAAACACUCUGGCUCUAAAUUCUGGAAGGCCUUGCGGUUGGCUCUUCCCCUGAGAAGUCUGAGUGCCAGCUCUGGCUGGAACGAAAGCUGUUCUUCUCAGUCUGACAUCAGUCUGGACCAUGUUCAAAGGAGGAGAAGUCGUUUGAAAGAGCCCCCAGAACUCCAGGGCUCAGGGAGGGCUGCAGGCACCUCUUCAGCCCCAGAUACAAUGUCCAAGCACAGAGGGAAGCCCUCUGCGGCCUGUCGCUGCUGUGUCACCUACUGUGAAGGAGAGAGUCACCUCAGGAGCAAGAGCCGGGCAGAGAUUCAUACCCAGCCCCAGUGGGAGACACACCUGUGUAAGCCUGUUCCCCAGGAAUCAGAAACUCAAUGGAUACAAAAUGGCACCAGAUUGGAACCCCCUGCUCCCCAGAUCUCAGCCCUUGCUCUUCACCAUUUCACGGAUUUAUCCAAUAACAAUGACUUUUAUAUCCUAUAAUUACCGUAUGGUGGGUGGUGGCUGCUAUCCAUACCAGCCCUCUUUGUGUCAUGAACCUAUGGGAAUAACUGACAUUUUUAUCAUCUAGUGGACUACCAGACUGUGUCCCCUUUAUUGAUUUUUAAAAACUAUUUAUUUCUAGGAGACAAAAGACCUGAGGACCUGAAUCCAGAAUUAUUGCCUCUCUAAUGGCCUCAGAAGAGCACACUCUUCUUGGGCCCUAGAAGGUCAGUAUGUGAAACUUGCCUAGAGUCUGAUCCUCUAUCUUGCCCAAUAGUUUCAAACUGAGCAAAGAAUUUAAGUGUGUUUCCUCUGAGUUUGUCGAUCCACCUCACGUUAUGAGUCAGUCAGGUGUACUUGGGUAACGACACUUACAGGGUAUGCAUAUCCCAAGGGAGCAUUGUGGACAUGAGUUGGUUCAGGUGGAAGCUGUAAGACUCAGCUCUACAGAAAACCUAUAGCACAUUUUCCCUGGAAGAACCAAACACGCUCACACAGGGAUACAUGGUGUUCUGUCAUUGUAAACUAGUGCUCUCUAAACUGCCUAAAGUUGUUAGCGUCAAUAAAGUUCUAUUUUUAUGUGAUUUAAUUUGUACUAACAAGUUUUUACCUGUCUCUCUCCCCUCUUCUUUUUAUGGCUUUUGAAUUCAUACCAGAAGAGUAUUCCACUUUAGGAAACCUAGGCUUGGUUUAGGUACUAGGAAAGUCUGAGGUGCCUCUUUAGCUGCUUUCUCAUGUGUAUGAGAGGAAAUCUGGGAAAGGACAGAAAGCGAGUGAGAAAAUGUUCCAAAUGAAAUGGAAGUUUACACAAAAUCUCAUUAUUUUUAGAACUGACAGCUGAAAGAUUCAGAUUGUUAGGGAUUUAUUGUAGCAUUUGGUAUAUGAAUCCCUUCUCAUUCAAGUUUCUGAGAAGAGAUAGUCAAUUCAAGUGCCUACAGGAAUCAGAAAGUAAGAAAAAAGGAAAAAAGGACCAGAUAUAAACAUAAUACAUAUGCUGUCCAUCUAAGACUCAUGUUUAUAGGGACAUAGGUAUAGAUACAUAUUCCUUUAGUUGAAACAUUUUGACACAAUCAUAAAAGGCACAUGACAUUUGAUCUCCCAGUGAGGGAGAUAAUAGAGAUGAUUGGGCCGGUGGGUAACUGAAGAGUAUUUCUUAAAAAAGGAGCAACGUCUACUCAGCUCCAUCACAAUAUUUGUCACUCAGCCCCACUGUUGGCAGAUUGUUGAAUUUUUCAAAAGAAUCUAAAAAUUAAUAUUUGUAAGUAGUCUCCCAAUUAUGGGAUGGCUUAAAUAAGAAAGAAAGAAAAGAAAGAAAGAAAGAAAGAAAGAAAGAAAGAAAGAAAGAACCAAUCAAAAUGCAUGAACAUGUAUUCAGCCUAAGGGCCACUAGUUUGUAAUUUCAGAACUAAAGUAUUCAUCCAAAGAGUAUAUAUCUGAAUGGGGAUUCAAGUGUCCCUGGCAAUAGUAAGACUGGAGAACACAGGCUGGCCCUAAGGACAUAAUGGGAGACUUCUUUUCUGUCCCCAAAUCAAAAACACCUGAAUCCUCAAAAUAAGGAUUCAAAAUAGUGAUCUGACUUAACACUCCAUCAGAGGAGAAAAAGCUGGAAAAUAGUUCCUUCCAUCCACUCUGGUGGGAGAAUAGAGGCUCCCUGUCUGGUGACUUUAACUGUAAGACAACCAGAAACACAAUCUGCUACCCUGAACAGGAGCUGAGUGAAAAGAGCAAACGACCACACCAGACAUGAGCAGUCACCUUCAAUACAUUAAUGCUGGCUGCUUGUGAGCUAUGACCCAAUGAGUGUCAGCCUUUCUCAGUCACUAAUAGUGAGGGAUGGAAAAGAAGCCAGAUGUUUAUUCCACUACUGCACUUGGAGAGAAAAGCAGAAAAUCCCUUCUCUGUUCUAACAAACUAUUAGAUCCUUUUUCCUGUUGAAAGAAAAGAUAUGGGAAUAAGGACUCCCCAGAGGAAAUGUGACUCAUCGUGGAACUUGGAAUUAAGAAAUGACAGGCCAUCCUACCUACCUGAAUAUCCAACAGAAAAUGAUUGAGCACAGUCCAUAUUCUAUAUUCAUUUCUUCUUAAAGGAGAUUAAUCCAUCCUUGAUGGAUGUUCAAGGAUCUUCACUUGGAAGACAGCAGUUUAUCUUCCAAUGUGUUAAAAGGUGGUGGUGGGGUAAUGUAAGUUGCUCCAAAUCCUAAAAAGGGAGAGAAUGCUUUUACCCAUAAUCUUAUUCCUUAUUAGCUCAAUGUCCCAAAUACAAAAUAUCUUCACAAAAUUUGAGAAAUUACUUUUGUUAUUUAUGAAUUAUUUUUUUAGUGAAAAAAAAUAAAGGAUGAAUGGCAAAGACAUGGAAAUUAAACAUGAUUUCUUAUGAAUGAGUAGCUACAUAAUUGUGUUCUCAAAAGCAAAGUUAGCUCUGGUGAGUAUCAAUUUCCAUUAACAAUAUAAAGACAAUGCAAGCAGUAUAAAGUCAUAGCUUUUGGCAUUAGCUAUACAAGGGUCAGAAAGAUAAUGGACCAUAUUUUUACCGUAUGAAGAAAGGCUAAGAGGUUAUGUUAUUAGCCUCUGACCCAACAUGCCAUACUUGAGUAUAAUAUUCGGUGUCAAAUACUUCAAUGAGGCAAAUGAUAAGAAAAUUUCCUUGUGGGUCAUGCAUAUUCAUAAUUGACAUGAUAUGAUUGCAAGUUAAAUGUAUAUCAUUUACAUAGCAAUACUGCCUAUUUAGGAGCAGGAGUUUUAAGUCAAGUAGAGAUGAAUGUGUGUAUUACUUCUCUCCUAAUUAUCUGUUUGACCAUGGGCUCUAUGGGCCUCAAUCUCCUACUUAGUAAAAUGGAGAUCAUAUUAUUAACCUCACUGGGUUUUGUGGGCAUUAAAUGAUAUAAUGCAUGUAAGUGCAUAGCACAGUGCCUGGCAUAUUAUAAGUGCUUGAUAAGUGUUGGCCAGUACUAUACCCAUGAUGGAAUCAUGCUCAUGGUUGCAGAAACUUACAUUUGCAUAAUGGGUUAUGGUUUACAAAUUGAUUUCACAUGCAUCACUUUUCUUUCCUUAUCUUUCUUCUUUCUUUCUUUCUUUCUUUUUUUUUUUUUUUUUACUCUCCCAAAAUGCACAAAAGCAGUACAGAGCAGGCACACAUUAUUUAGGAUAAGUGACUUUCCUAAUGACACUCAGCCAAUUAGCAAUAUGGUUAGGCCUCUAAUCUAGGCUUCUGACACCUGAUCUAGUGCCAAUUCUGGAACUUUUCCUAUAAGAUUCAUGUGGAAGUAUUUCUAAUUGUAACUAUUUAAUAUGGACCAUUAUACAUUCAAAUCAACAAGUCAGUUAAUGUAAAGCCACAAAAAGCUAAUUAAAUGUCAUAUCAAGUGUCUGAUGUGUCAUCUGGCCUUGUCAUAUUAUGAUUUUAUAGAAUUUCAUUUUUUUCUAUUUUAACAUUUGUUUAAGAAUUUAAAAAAUAGAAUCAUUUUUUUGUGUCUUCUAGACUCUAUGAUCAGGUUAUAAUUUUUCUUUCAAAAUAAAUUAUUUGUAUUUGUCUUAAUGGAAAAUAAAAUGUAUCCACCUUAUACCUUGAAAAACAAAUUUAAUCUUUUAGCAGCUGUGAUUUACACUGUGAGUUCCAAUUAUCAUUUCUUAUAACUAAUAAGAAUCCUAGUGAUAAUGCGUACACUUCUAGUUUGAAAAUUUGAAGUGACUGGUAAACUAAAGUGCAUGAAAAAGAUAUCAAUAAUAAAUUUACCUGGGUAUAAAGAUAUAAGAAGGCAGAAUGAUAAUCAGUCCCUAUGGCAAUGAUUUCAAACUUCUGUGUGUAUAAAGAUCAUUUGGGGGGCAUCUUAAGAUGAAGAUCCCAGGA